CAUUUUUUACAACUUCAUAAUAUCAAACCAAGAACAACUAAAUAUUUUUAAUUAAUCUCCUCUUGUUUUUGUAUGAUCUUUACAUUUCAAGAAAACAAAUCAGAUAAUUUCUUCAUAUUAUGUGUGGAUUAAUGAAGGAAGAAGAUCAAGGUGAGUGUUCUCAGACCCUCCACAGCUUACAAGGUUAUCAAGAACAUCUUCUUCUUCAACAAAUGCAACACCAUCAAACCAGUCACGCCGCCGUCGACAUCUACGGCGGCGGAGGAGGAGGACUAACUAGAUCAUCAGCCGCUUCAUCAGCUUUGCUUUUCCCUGAAGUUUCACCAUGGCCUCUCCACCCGGUUCACUCCUUUAAUCCCACAAACCACUUCACACCCGUUCAUCACGACCCGUUUCUUAUACCUCAACAGCCACAAUCCUCAUACGGCAGUCUCUUCAACAGACGGCCGCCUCCUUUACAAUUUGCAUACGACGGUUCGUCAAGCCACCAUGAUCAUCUCAGAAUCUUAUCGGAAACACUCGGGCCUGUGGUCCAACCCGGUUCGGCUCCUUUCGGGUUACAAGCCGAGUUGGGAAAAAUGACUGCUCAAGAAAUAAUGGACGCUAAAGCUCUCGCUGCUUCGAAAAGCCACAGUGAAGCUGAACGAAGAAGACGAGAAAGAAUCAAUAACCAUCUCGCUAAACUUCGCAGCUUAUUACCUAGCACGACCAAAACGGACAAAGCUUCACUGCUUGCAGAAGUUAUCCAGCACGUUAAAGAACUGAAGCGCCAAACUUCAUUGAUAGCGGAGACAAGUCCGGUACCGACGGAAUCCGACGAGCUAACGGUGGAUGCGUCCGAUGAAGAUGGUAAAUUCAUGAUCAAAGCUUCGCUUUGCUGUGAAGAUAGAUCUGAUUUAAUACCUGACUUGAUAAAGACACUGAAAGCAUUGAGGUUAAGAACACUUAAAGCUGAGAUAACUACACUUGGUGGUCGUGUAAAGAAUGUUUUGUUCAUUACUGGCGAAGAAGAUUCGUCGAGUAAUAGCAACGACGACGAUCAGCAACAGCAGCAGCAGCAGCAGCAAUAUUGUAUAAGUUCAAUUCAAGAAGCUUUGAAGGCUGUAAUGGAGAAAAAUGGGGGUGAUGAAUCGAAUUCUUCGGGGAGUGUUAAACGGCAAAGAACCAAUAACAUCAAUGUUCUUGAACAACAACAACACAGUGGCCGAAGCAGGGUGGGGCGAGGUGGCGCAGUCGACUUAUCGUCCGACUAACAAAAUUUCUGAUUCCGUCACUGUUUAUGGGUGUGGUUUUUUGUGUGUUUUUGAUUUUGGUGAGAUAAUGAUGGUGUGUUUUUGUGUACUUAUAAAUAUAUAGGAAAUAUAGAGAAAAGGAGGGAUUGUGCGGUUGGUAUUACAUGGUGGGGUGUUCUCAUUUCCCGUUUUGUCGCUAAAUCAUAUAUUUUGGGUAUAUUUGUUAGGUUUUUUUUAGAUAUGAGGUUAAGACUGAAUUUUUGUCUUGCCACGAAAAAGAUUUUUCCCAUGAAAAACAAAACGUAAUCUGAAAAUUCUUUGUCUCUGACUGUCUAGUCAGUAGUUUUGGUGGAAUUUUUGGAUCAUCAAAUGAAUUAGUGACGAAAUUGGUAUCGUCAUGUGCUACUACGACGUCCCCACUAGGUAGUCCACCAUCUUGUUCUUAGUAUUAUUACUAUUAAUUAUGAUGAUCAUCAGUACAAUGUUGUUGCUGUCGUCGUCCAUCCAGUCUUGUUUCUGUUCAGUUGUUCCACAAAUAUAGUGAAAACCCUAAUGUGGAUGCCAUGAGUUCUAUUUAUGAUGGACUGAUGUUGCUCAGGGGUUUCAAUGUACAUAUAUAUGUUUAUUUAAUAUUAUUAUGAUUCUGUUUUUCUUUAA